UUUUCUUUUCAGCAAUUGAUCUGUGUCGGUAACGGAACUUCGAGAUUUAUUCAAGCAGUUACACGAAACUGAGGAGGAAAAGAUACUGCUGCGAUAUCGCAAGAGAGAGAGAUCGAGCGUGGUUUAUAAAGAUGUCGAAUACAUACAGAGGAAGAAAUCGAUAUUGAACCGCAAAAGCAAGCAUUAACUGAUCACAUUGACUCGUUCAGCUCUAAUCUAGUCUAUAAAUCGAAGCGACCGCAAUCACGAGUCUUCGAUCCGUUACUUCCCACAACGAGAGGUUCGCGUCGGUCGUUUCCGCGCGCGCGUUACCACCAGCUUCCAAUUUUCGUCUAUCAAUCGGGCAACCCCCCGAAUUUCUAGUCGUCAGUCACUGAAAAGCGGCCAGCUGUUGCAAUUCUGCAGGCGGAUUCCCGUCGAUCCACUGACGAAAUCGCGAGCGAGGCCGUCGAUAAAACCGCGCGGCAAUCUUAUCCGCGCGUCGCGUCACGUCCUUCCUUCGCGGCGGCUUAGUGCGCGCGUAUGCUUUCGCCCACACGCGGGGACUUGCGAUUUAUUUCUCGCUCGCGCGCCGCGAUACACUCGUGGUCGCCGCAAUCUCGGCGGAGCAUCGCGGUCGAGAACGCGUGAAAUGUACGUGCCGUCGCCGAGGAUCGAUCGACCCUCGCCCGUGGAUCCUCGUGCCGAUCGCGCGAGUGGCGAUCGAGAUCUCUCUCGAGUGCGAUCAUCGCCCCGAUGAGUUCCUUCCUUCUCGUUGACUCUUUUUAUCUCGACGUCGACGAGUACCGAGUGAGUGACGAAAGCGACCGCGAAACGCGACGGUGAUAAAGGAGAAUUGAUAAGGUGACGGUUCACGCGUUGCGAAACGAAAGAGGAAUUCACUCAACCAGUGUCGUACGUGAUGAUACAAAGGACGAGAGGAACGUGAAGCGAACGAAGGCUCGAUAAUAACGGAUUGACUGAAUCUUAGAUCGAAUCCUGUGUGAUAUCGCUCGAUAGUUCUGUCUUUUACGUGUAUCGAUACAACAUAUGCUAUCUCGUUAUUAUUUAAUACUAUAUCAUUAAUCCAUGCUCGCACAGCACUCGAGUCACUCGUAUAUUUACUGCAUGUGUGGAUGUGAAACCGAACGGAUAAAAGGAAGCGAGGAGGAGAAUUAAAUACAAUUAAUAUCAACCGAGCGUUAUUAAAUUGCCCGUCGGAACCAUUGUUAAAUUAAUUGGAGCGUGUGCGCGGUAAAAUUUCUUACUCGACAUGUUGGAAAUCGAUUUUUAAAUAACACCUCCAGUCGCGCAAUUUAAUCGAAUCGCCCCGUAAGAGGACCCCACCUCCCGUCGGAUGAAUAUAAAUCGGAAAUCUCGGAGAAAGGAGAAACGAGAAGAAUGGGAAAACCGGGCGGCUGCCGGCCGGGCGCGUAAACACACGGCAACAGGUGUCCAGUGCGUGCGUGCACGCGAAGAUGCGGACGUAAUUCUCGAAAACACCCUGCGUGGUGGACGCCGCGCAAAGAGCUGUUUGUAAUUCAUCGCGCGAGAUCAAACGAACUCGCCAUUAAUCUCACGCCAGUCGAAUAAAUCGCGAAGAGGAGGAGGACGCCCCCGGGGCGCACACGCGCUUCGUCUUCCGAAUGAAUCGAUUUACCUCCUCCGAUAAAUCACUUCUCAUCGAAUUAACAUUCCUUCGCAAAAGUCCUGUCCGGCGAUCUCAGCCGAAUCAGCUUGAGCAGCGUAGGAGUUGAAAAAGGGGAAAAAAAGGAAGAGAACCUUCGCAAUCGUCUAAACGGACGACUCGGGGCUGGUGGCCGAACAUAUUGAUGAUCAUCGUCAUUAAAUUGGAGCGAGACGGGGAUGAGGAUGACAGGACGAGGCAGGGCGAUAACCCACGAGGACAUGGUGGGCGAUCACUCGGCCACCGCGAAUGCACAGUUGGGCGAGUUACUGGUGCGCUCGUCGAUGCCGGCGGCUGCAGUUGCCGUGAAAUUAUGCGGCGAUGAUUCCGCGGAGGAAACGGGCGAAACUGUAAGUCGGAAGAGACGCGACAUCCUCGGCACGUUCAAGAGAAGGGCCUUCAACAGGAUUAGCUUCAAGGGCGAAUCGGGCCCGCUGUUGAGUAGGUAUCGCCAGACCAGAUUCAGUUCCAGAAGGGUCCGCAAAAGGGUCGUUUUCAAGCACGGCGAUUGCAACGUCGUGCAGGGGAACGUCGCCAAGCGACGUCGGCGGUACCUCCAGGACAUAUUCACGACGUUGGUGGACGCGCAGUGGCGAUGGACGCUGUUGGUGUUCUCCAUGAAUUUCCUGCUGUCCUGGCUAGGCUUCGCACUCAUAUGGUGGCUGAUCGCCUACAGCCACGGUGAUCUGGAGCCUCAGAAUUUCAACAAUCACACCUUCAUACCCUGCGUCCAAGACAUCCGCAGUUUCACCAGCUGCUUCUUAUUUUCCGUCGAGACGCAGCACACCAUCGGGUACGGGGCGAAGCACACGACGGAUGAAUGCCCGGAGGCGAUCUUCACGCUGUGUAUCCAGUCGAUGACGGGCGUGAUCCUGCAGGCGUUUAUGGUCGGCAUCGUGUUCGCCAAGCUGUCGCGGCCCAAAAAGCGCACGCAGACUCUUCUUUUCUCGCGGAAUGCCGUCAUUUGCCAACGGGACGGUCAGUCCUGCCUCAUGUUUCGCGUUGGCGAUAUGCGUAAGAGCCACAUCAUCGAGGCCCACGUCCGCGCCCAAAUGAUCAAGAGAAAGGUGACGAAGGAGGGCGAAUUGCUGCCGUUCUUCCAGACGGAGCUGAAGGUUGGCGGCGACGGCGAGGAAGACAAGAUCUUCUUCAUCUGGCCCACCACGAUCGUGCACAAGAUCGAUCGGAACUCGCCGCUCUACCGGAUAUCGGCCAGCGACAUGCUGCGAGAGCGAUUCGAGAUCGUCGUGAUACUGGAAGGAGUGAUCGAAUCGACCGGCAUGACGACGCAGGCGAGAAGCUCCUAUUUACCGUCCGAGAUCCUGUGGGGUCACCGGUUCGAGCCUAUCAUCACGUUUCGCAAAGAGACCGGCGAGUACGAGGUCAACUACACGCUCUUCAACAACACGUACGAGGUGGAUACGCCGCUCUGCAGCGCUGCCGAUCUCGAUCGCAUCCGCGCCAUACAUCAUCGCUCGAAAACAGAACGCACCGGGCCAGGUGCAUUCUCGGGCUACAACGACGCUUCCAGCAGCAGCUCCUUGACUACCAGCUCGAGAGGAUCGAGUUUGAGGUCUUCCUCCGGCGGACUGCACAUGCAAUCGUCGAUGCCAGCGACGGUGUUAACGACACCUCCGAAUCCUAUUUCGGUGAUGAUCACCGAUCCGGACGGUUCUUGCAGGCGGGAAAGCGUCAAUGUGCAUCCUGACGUGUCGUCUUUUUAUGCGCAAGAAAAGACGGCAAAAUUCGGACGCGACACCGAGAACUCAGGGUCGUCACAAAAAGAGGAUUACGAGCGUGUCCUUGAAGACAUCAACGCAAGUCUGAGGAAGAACAAGAAGCAAAAUGGCACGGAAAGUGGGAUACAACGGAAUGAAUCGAAAGCAACGUUAGACUCGAGAAAGAGCGACGCGAGAUCGAAUUCCAGAUCGAUCGCGGAGGAGACUCCAGGAAGUGACCUGAGGAGGCCAUCUUCCAGGAGCAACUCGAGUACCGAAUGUUGCGCGAACUCUUCGGAGACGCAGCAUCCUCCCGAGACGAGGUCCAGCCUGUGCGACGGCCGCAAAAUCCAGGAAGUUGCCCAGAAGACGAGCUUCCUUCUCGAGGAAGAAGCACUGGCGAAUCGCGACCAUUCCGAAAACACGUCUUGCCCCACUCACUAAGCACAGGCUCAAGGGGGGACCGGGACUUGGGAAGAUCGAGUGAUGUCGGAUGAUCGGCGGCCGGCCUCGAGGAUCGAUAUCUCCAAUUAACU